GAGCGACACGCAUUCCGUUGAUUCGCUUCCGUCGCGGAUAUAUCCUGCUUGAGGACGAAAAGGGGAGCAAACAUCUGACAGGUGGCUACGACGGUAUUUCCCGUAUUGUGCAACUUCAAGUCAUAUUUCCAGCUCAAUUCGUCACGAGAGUGAUCAACGUAGGAUUUUCCAUCAGAUAGAAUGAAUUUGGAGGAAUAUCGCAAACAUGGAAAGGAAAUGGUGGAUUACAUCGCCGAUUAUUUAGAAAACAUCCGUUCUCGGCGAGUAUAUCCGGCGGUCUCGCCGGGAUACUUGAGAAAUGUUCUGCCAGCGUCAGCCCCAGUAGACGGUGAAUCCUGGGAGGACAUAUUUGCCGACAUUGAGAAAUGCAUCAUGCCGGGUGUGACGCAUUGGCAGAGUCCGCACAUGCAUGCCUACUUUCCGGCCCUGAAUUCACCUGCCAGUCUACUGGGCGACAUGCUGGCCGACGCAAUAAACUGUCUGGGUUUCACAUGGGCUUCUAGUCCAGCAUGUACCGAGUUAGAAACGAUCGUUAUGAAUUGGUUAGGCAAAAUGAUCGGUUUACCUGAAGAUUUCCUGCAUCGACCGGGCGGUUCCGGCGGCGGUGGGGUCAUACAAACAACGGCAUCGGAAGCCACGCUAGUGUGUUUGCUUGCAGCCAGAACUAGAGCUAUUAGGGACGUGCAGGAGAAUGAUCCUAACUGUUUGGCGACUGAAAUCAAUUCGCGACUAGUCGCGUACUGCUCGGAUCAGGCACAUUCGAGUGUCGAGAAAGCUGGACUUAUAGGACUAGUUCGAAUGCGAUACAUUGAAUCGGACAAUGAAUUAAGCAUGAGAGGAGACGCUUUACUUGAAGCACUAACGCGCGAUCGAGCUGAUGGUCUACUUCCUUUCUUUGUAUGUGCAACUCUAGGCACUACAGGUGCAUGUGCUUUCGACAAUCUCAAAGAAAUCGGACCGAUAUGCCAACAAAAUGGCUUAUGGUUACAUGUUGAUGCGGCCUAUGCUGGUAGUGCUUUCGUGUGUCCCGAAUUUCGCGGUUGGCUUCAAGGAGUGGAGCUUACUGAUUCCAUCGCCUUCAAUCCAAGCAAGUGGCUUAUGGUCCACUUUGAUUGUACAGCCAUGUGGGUAAAAAACAGUCAAGCACUGCACAGAACAUUUAAUGUUGAUCCAUUGUAUUUAAAGCACGAAAAUUCAGGUAAUUUUAUAAUAUAAUAUCAUUGGCAGAUUCCUCUAUCCAAAAGAUUUAGAGCUUUAAAAUUGUGGUUCGUUAUCAGGAAUUAUGGAAUUACUGGCUUACAAAAACAUAUACGAGAGGGUGUGAGAUUGGCACAGAAAUUCGAAGCUCUAGUUUUGGCCGAUGCUCGCUUCGAAAUUCCUGCCCCGAGACAUCUUGGCAUGGUAGUUUUUCGUCUUCGCGGCGAAAAUACUUUGACAGAACGUUUGCUAAAAAAGCUUAAUUCGCGAGGUCGACUACAUUGCGUGCCAGCCGCCUUACAUGGAAAAUAUGUCAUCAGAUUUACAGUUACUUCGACAAACACGACGAAUGAGGAUAUUUUAAGAGAUUGGGCAGAAAUACGGAGUACGGCUAAAGAAAUCUUGGGUGAUACUACGCAAGCACCUAUACGAGCUAAAGUUCCUCUGGCAGACACACGGCAGAAGAACGAGAAUUUCGGAUCGAGUUUACUAUUAGCCAAUUCACCGAUGUCGCCAAAAAUCGUGAAUGGUAGUUUUGCCGCCAUAUACGAUACGGCCGAUGUAUUUGAAGAAUGCAUGAAAACUUUUGGAAAAAUUCAUCUUGAGGCGAGAGAUAGUCCAGCUAUGCGUCGUCGUAUUCGCGGAAUAUUAAUGUCAGGCAAGCAGUUUUCUUUGGAUUCUCGCAUGGAUCUUGUUCAGGGAUACGUUUGUAGCCGUCCACUCUCAGAUUCUCCUUCUGAAUUACCACUAAUGAAAGAGGAUGAAGAUGCCGGGGCAUGCGAGUCAACAUCUGAUGUUGACACAAUGGAUGAAUCCGAUAACGAUAAAUCGAUUGUUUAUAAAAAUUGGGAAGAUUCUGAUAACUCCGAAGCAACUAAAAAGGAAUCAUCUAUCUCGAAGGCCUCGUGUUAUACAGUGGUGAAUGGUUCGCUAAUUAACAUUGAUGUUGAAGAUAACAGCGAAAACACGGUAACUAUUGCUUCGGCUAAUGUAGGCUUUCCUAGAAGUGAGACCAUAGCUGCUAUCGGUCAUCGACCUUAUACAGGCGAUUUAGAGCCUAUCCGAUUUUUGAGGAAGGAAAAGUCAGUGAAAGGAAAUGAAGAAAAAAAUGACAAGGGAGAAUUCUGUAGAAAAUGUGGUCAUUUCUCUGAACAUCAGUAAUUAGUCCAGAAGCUUUAAGUAUUCUUCAUGCGUUGAAGAACGUACGCACUCAAAGCCGUGUUUCAUGUUUUUUGCAAAAAUGACAGUUUAAGAUUAUUUUGCCAAUAUAUCAUUGGUGUGGUAUGAUGAAAGAACAAAUAUGUUCUAUCAGUAUUAAAUAAAUUUUCAAACAUUAAAAACAUUAUUUCGAAAUAUUA